AUGCUGGGCGUCGUGGAGCUGCUGCUGCUGGGGGCAGCAUGGCUGGCGGGCCCGGCCCGCGGGCAGAACGAGACGGAGCCCAUCGUGCUGGAGGGCAAGUGCCUGGUGGUUUGCGACUCCAACCCUACGUCCGAUCCCACGGGCACAGCUCUGGGCAUCUCUGUGCGCUCCGGCAGCGCCAAGGUUGCUUUCUCUGCCAUCAGAAGCACCAACCACGAGCCGUCCGAGAUGAGUAAUCGCACCAUGAUCAUCUACUUCGACCAGGUACUAGUGAACAUCGGGAACAACUUUGAUUCAGAACGCAGCACUUUCAUCGCUCCGCGCAAAGGGAUCUACAGUUUUAACUUCCACGUGGUAAAAGUCUACAACAGACAGACCAUCCAGGUGAGCCUCAUGUUAAACGGGUGGCCGGUGAUUUCAGCCUUCGCUGGCGACCAGGACGUGACCCGGGAGGCCGCCAGCAACGGAGUUCUAAUCCAGAUGGAGAAAGGCGACCGAGCAUACCUCAAGCUGGAGCGGGGAAACUUGAUGGGGGGCUGGAAGUACUCAACCUUCUCCGGAUUCCUCGUGUUUCCCCUCUGACUGGCUCAACGCGGGAAUGGAGGCAGGGAGAGGGCGAAGGCAGGAGGGGAAAAUGAUAAAGAGGCUGAACUUUAGAGGACGAGAAAGCGGCACGACUUGAAACUUCUACAUGUUCCCCAGCUGUAUCUGGGUAAACGGUGCGCACCCGGCGGUCGGACAACUUUGUCCGUUUCCUCUUCAGGAGAAGGAAAUUCCGCUUAGCUCGGCGCACUCCCAUUUCCAAAAAUAAACUCGCCUCCCCCAUCCCAGUUGCAGUAAUCAAGAAAGAGAGACUGCCUUGUCAUUGUUUCUUACCCCCUUGUUCAUGUUCUCUCCAAUUUAUAUAAAAGAAACUUUGCAUUUCACUGUAUAAUGUGAAAUCUCUUCCUCCUCGGAGGCCCCCUCUGAAUCUUUUCACCCGCUGAAAUCUAAUAUGUCCCUCCUCCCUUUUUUAUCUUGGGGGGGAAGGAUUUUUUUUUUGGAUGGGGAGUUUUAAUUUGGCAAGUAUUGCUCUUAAAACACCGCUCGAAUUAAUUAGCUGAAGAUACUUUGUAUCCUCGGCUGCUUGUUAGCAGAGAAAGGACUCACCUUAGUGGUGACUGGUUU